UAUACGACUUAAGCUGGAUUAUUAUUUGGGCGGUUUUGUGUGGAGGAAAAUGGGAAUGUUAUGCAUCGUCCUGACUCUUGCUCUCCCUGCAGUUGUGGCGAAAUCUGGGUCUUCUGAAGGCUCUUUCAGGUUAACCCUCAGUGUCUGGCCUCCAGGUGGACAGGUCUACGUGGGGGAGCCUGUCUCCAUGAGGUGUAAGGUGGAGGGAAAGUCUACUGGAGUCUGGAGAUACCGCUGGUUUAAUGGCACAGACAUCCCUAUAACCUCACACCAUCAGUACAGGGUUAGUGAUGACAGUUUGUUCAUUGCUGCCAUAUCCACCUCGGACAGAGGACCUUACCGGUGCAGGGCAGAAAGGGAGAAAGCUCCACGCACCUCAGUGGAAAGCAACCGCGUCCGUUUGAAUGUGACAGAUUCUCCCCCUGCCUCCCUGACUGUGAUGCCCAACAGUAAACAACACUUCAGGUUUGAGCUCUUCUCUCUGCAGUGCUCAGUGGCUAAUGGCAACUCCACAGACUGGACACUGUGGAAGCUCCGUGGUGCGGAGGUGGAAUCUGGCUGCUCGCGGCUGGGGGGUCGUAUGGACACGAGCAGACCCGGAGAGUGUUCGUUCCCACGCAUCUACAUCCUGACUGGAGGACUGUACUGGUGUCAGAGCUCCACUGGGGCACAUCGGAGCAAUGCCAUUCACAUCACAGUGCACAAUGGCAACAUGAUACUUGAAAGUCCUGCUCUUCCAGUGAAGGAGGGAGACUCAGUUACCCUGCGCUGCCAGUCCUGGUUCAAUGCUGCCAACCAAACUAUCUUUUACAAAAAUAAUGUGAGGUUUUCAACCAUAAAUGGAACUGAGAUUACCAUUGACAAGGUCACUCAGUCCGAUGAAGGUUUCUACAAGUGUUUGGGACCUAAUAAUCUGACUGAGAGUCUGGAGAGCUGGCUCUCUGUGAGGGUCAACUCCACAUAUGAUUCAGAAGAAGGAACAUUAUCUACAGGAGUCACCUGGAUUUGGGUCCUGAUUGUUCCUCUCAUGGUGAUCAUGUUAUCGAUUCCAGUGGUUUGGCUUUUUCUGCCAUGUUUCAGGAACAACAAUGGAUUCUGUCUAACCAAGACAUCUAAAGGGGGAGCUGCACUACAGGAAAUGCCGAAAACCAAACAGGAUGCGACAGAAAUCCAGUGGGAACAGCCUUGGGUGGAGAUGGCUAAUCUGCUGGACAAACAGUAA